UUGUCGACCGAGAAACCUCGGCCGAUAAUCCUCCGCCGUUUGGGGCUCGGGCCCUUGGAAUUUCGCCGGCGCUUUUUGCGCAGCUCCGAUGGUUCUGUCGUUAGGUGGGUCGGGUGUGCUGGUGUGGAGGCACCGCGUUCACAUGUUGGGCUCCUCCGGUUGCUCCAGCUCCAUGCCCUCCGUGGCAUCUGAUCAACUCGCGAGAGCCGCUCAGUUUCCGCAUCGACAUGUUGGAAACGCAUCCUAGGCUAUUGCAGAUUGAAUUCCUCGAGCUUGUACAUUCUCGCGCUCUCCUGAGCGCUAUAUCAGUCGCUACCGUCCUACUCUUUCUCAGCAGGGCCACUCUUGUUCGAUCAUCCAAGUUUGCGGAACUGGAUCGGCAGUCCUACCUGGUUGGCCAGUCGUUGGCAUGGUUUCCGGGAGUCUGGGCCAAACUUGCGUAUGCGCUGAAUGGCUACGGGUUGAUCUAUGAAGCAUUUGAAAAGACUGAAGGUAAACGAAUCCUAAAGAUUCCUCUCCAAGGCCAGAAUCUCUAUGUCCUUCCUGCCAAGUACGUGGAAGAGUUGAAGAGCGUGCCGGCAUCGGUCUUGAGCUCAUCUCAUGCUGUAUCGGACUACUUCCUGGGGGCUUACACAACGCUUGAUCACUCCAUGUUUGGACAUGCCACUUGGGACGUGGUCCGGAAAUAUCUCACGCAAAGACUCGGUCCAUUGGUGCGGCCGCUUGCAGAGGAGUGCGAGAUUGCUUUCAGGGAGGAGAUUCCACUAUGUUACGACUGGACCGCGAUCGAAAUACACGAGCACCUCCUCCAGAUCGUGGGCCGCAUGACUAGCCGCGUCUUCGUCGGAGAGAAGCUCUCCAAGGACCGUUUCUGGCGACAGACGUGCAUUGACUUCGCGACCUGUGUGUUUCAAGCCUCUGGAAUUCUCAAAGCUCUUCCGCCUAUUCUGCGACUCCUUGGAAGUUUUCUCAGCCCACACAUCUGGCGCAUCCGUCUUCAUCAUGUACGCGCGAACCGAUACCUAAUCCCAGAGAUAGAUCGGAGAAACGAUGGGGCGAAAGAGGAAGAUAUGCUUAGCUGGCUCGUGUCGAACGCCGGAAGUGAUGGGCCGUCUGGUAUCGUGAAGCGACAGUUGGGGCUCAGCUUUGCUGCUAUCCAUACCACCACGAACCAUCUCACCAACGUGCUGCUUGACCUUGCAGCCCGCUGGGAUCAGUAUGCCCCAGAACUCCUAGCAGAAAUCAAACAAGCAUUAUUGGAGGACGAAAGGGGCUUGACGAAGACGACAGUGACGAAAUUGACCAAGCUCGACAGUUUCAUGAAGGAAUCGCAGCGUCUGCAUCCUCCAAGUGCCUUGUCUUUCAAUCGCAAGGUUAUGAGUUCCAUGGUCCUUUCUGAUGGUAUCGUUCUCCCGGAGGGAUGUUAUAUCGCCGUCGCCUCGGGGCCGUUGGCUCGAUCUGAAAGCUACUAUUUCCACGCUUCUGAAUUUGACGGCUUCAGAUAUCAUCGCAUGCGACAAGAAGCAGGUGGAUCCGCUGCCAAUGCUAACUACUUCACCUCGACUGGAACUCAUAGUCUGGUAUUUGGGCAUGGUCGCUUUGCUUGUCCAGGAAGAUUCUUCGCCUCCCUGGAGAGCAAGAUCAUUCUUGUGCAUAUCCUUUUGAACUUCACAUUGAGACUGGAAGAGGGUGACGCACGACCAGACAACUCAGUUUUCGCUGACGCGUUGUUUCCCAACGCUUCGGGAAGGAUUCUGUUUCGGCGAAGGGAAGGAAUAUGACGGGGCCGGAUAUACGACGGGAUAUAAAGAUGGCCCCACCAACAGCGACUGUAGCACUGUGCCGUACUCGGGGUAGACAAUACCAAGACGACCCCACCAAUUGCGACCGCGCCGCAGUGGAGGGUACGGAAAUAUCAUAUCAGCACUUUAUCUUUGCAUCCUCGCAUCGCGCAGGACAGCGUAAUGGUUCAUCUCAGCGAGGCAGACAAGGCAGAAAGACUGGCAGGAUGCUCCUACCUGAGGUUGAGUCUGCAGUAUCUUGCAUGCCCCGGGAAUCCCACGGCGGUUGCACGCGGCGGCACGCGGCGAUUCCGUCCCGUCAGAAAGCA